AGUCUUUCAAUGCACUGGAAUUGGAGUGCCUCUUUAUAUCUCUUGUGCCAUUGCAAUAACCAAAAUUGCAAUUGGUCAUGGAAACAAGAAGAGUGAGAAAGAAUGUUGGGAUACUUCUCCUCUACCUCACUUUGGCUUCCAUUUCUCUCACUCAUUGUGAUGCAGAUAGAUCAAUGAGACUAUUGUUGAAAGGCCCUAGACAUAGGAGAAAUACAAUGAACAAGAACCCAAAGAAGUUGAAAGUGGUGAAGCAUUUUGAUGUGAAUAAUAAUAAUAAUCCAACUAUAUUCUCAUCAAAUGUUCAACCCUAUAGUCUUAGCUCCCCAUUUUCCUUGCCCCCUUAUGAAUCACUGGCUCCAAUCCCAUUGCCAGAAAACAGCCCUCCAUUUUGUGUGUUCCCACCACCAAGUACCACCACCAUCCCUACACCCAUAGGCCUUCAACCAAGCCCUCCAAGCCCAAUAACCAUAACACCAGGCCCACCAGGGUCCUUCCCCCCAGAAAUUGUCCCAGGCCCACCCACUAUCAUCCCAGGCUCACCCGAGCCCAUACUCAAUCCUCCCAUCAUUAUCACACCAAGCCCACCUGACUCCUCAAUGGGCCCACCCUACUUUGAACCCAGCCCACCUUACUUUGAGCCCACCCCACCUUCCAUCAUCCCUUCCCCCACAGGUGGCAUCACCCCAGGCCCACCAACUACCGUCCCAUCCCCCACAGAAGGCACUCUCCCAAGCCCACCAACUACCAUCCCAACCCCCACUGGGGGCACUCUCCCAAGCCCACCAAGCACUGUUCCAUCCCCCACUGAGGGCUCUGUCCCAAGCCCAAGUGUGUUUCAGCCACCAGUAGUGUACCCUCCACCAAGUGUGCCACCACCACCCAACUAUGCCCCAAGGACCACCCUGUGGUGUGUGGCUAAGCCCUCAGUCCCAGACCCAAUCAUCCAAGAGGCCAUGAACUAUGCUUGUUGGUCAGGAGCAGAUUGCACCUCCAUUCAGCCCAAUGGGCCGUGCUAUCAGCCCGACACUGUGUAUGCACAUGCUUCGUACGCUUUCAAUAGCUACUGGCAAAGGACCAAAGGUGCUGGUGGCAAUUGCGAGUUUGGAGGCACAGCCAUGCUUGUUGCAGUUGAUCCUAGCUACGAUGGGUGUCGCUUCAUCUACAACUGAUCAAUGUUUUUUUUUUCUUUUUCUUUUUCUUUUUUCUCUCUAGAACAAAGCAACUUUUGGAUCCCACCAAUGUUUGAAGAGUGAAGACUCUUUGUCUCAUAAUCUCUCCUCUUUUUCUUGUGAAAAUAAGUUACGAAUGUAUGCCACAGUGAAUUACACACAAAGAUUUUGCAUUUUGUAAGUAAUGUAUAUUCACCAUUGACUUAUAGUAUAUUGUGUCAUCGUCUAAUUAAAUUAAUUACUUCAU